AUGAUGCGCAAAAAAGAAUCAUAUAUCAACAUCACGCCUAUCCCGUCUUGCGUGCCCCGCCAGUUGGCCCUGGACAUCUUACACAGCCACGGCGAGAUAAUUACACUCAACCCGCUUGUGCUAUCAUAUCGACCGAUAAAGGCGCCCAGAGACGCUGCCGCAGAUGAAUAUUAUUCCACGUGGUAUGAGAUCACCGAGCGAGUGCAGUACGUGCCCGGCCUCGGCAAGCUGGGAUCAGGCAAGAUCAGCUUCAAGGGGUGUUUCCAUAACACCUCAUGGGGUCUACAGACACACACCUUCGUGCCCAUGGGAAUCGAUAUCCGGAGCAAAUGGCGCAUCGGAGGGAAUCAGCCUAACGAGCCUCGUCUGCCUAAGGAGUUCCGCGUCGACGGGGAACCGGAAAACGGACUUUAUUUACGAGAGGAUAUUCAGAUCGAAUGCAACCUGACGCUCGUGUCCUAUGUGAAGAGCCAGAUGAAAGCAGCCUCAAAAGUACUGGUGGAUCGUCUGAUUAAGAAAGCCGAGCUUCUUGAUGCAGGAGUCUUACAGGCUUUCAUGGAGGAUGGGAAACUGAAGACCGUCAACCCUGCCAACCCUUCCAGCUCGCAUCUGUUACAGUCAUCUCUACAGUCACCACGGCUAGAGACAGAUCGGAUGUCAACAUCAUCAAACCAAUCUAUGACUGAGCAACCACGAUGGAUCGAACACCCACGGUGGGGAUCAUUGUCUAAGCGACGAACAGGGAGCUACGUUUCGACACCCUCGCAGCACGAAACAGAACAGAAAGGAGAUGUGGCUGCGGAGUUACCCGGAAGCUACUUCCAUCCAACAUCGAGUUCUAAUUCACAACAAGUAUAUGAAUUACCAGUUAACGUCCGCUCUCGCUCUGCUCGGAUCGAUGGCGAAUAUCAGCCUUAUUCACCGCCAAAACGAGAGGGCUCAAAAGAGCCCGCUGAUCUUCGAAAUAAAACUUAUGAGAUGGAAAGUGCCUAA